ACACGCGUGCCUGUCAUAUAGCGCUCUCUUGAAUGUAUUGUAUACGUCAACUGGUAGUCAGCCGAGAUGGGACAAAAUAAGAUGAAUGUAAUUUUUCUUCAAUCUGGAAAACCGUAAUAUUUAGUGAGGUGAAAGGUAAAUAAAAGUCUCAUUUAAUUUCGAGAUUCUUGUUUGAAUGGGAGAGUUGUUUGCAGGCUGCUCAGGCUAACCGAGUAACGUUACCUUCGCUGUAUGUCUGCUUGCAGCGCGCUGUGAUGGUCGUGGUGUUAAUGAUGGAAUCGCAAUGCGAGUAUUUUAUGUAUUUCCCGGCCGUCCCCAUCUCAGACCUGUCGGACCCGGCUAAAUACCGCACGCUCCCGCGUCGCAGUCACCUAUAUCUCGGGGAAACCGUGCGCUUUCUGCUGGUUUUGCGCUCUCAGAGCGUCGCGUCGGUGUCGGGGUCUGACGGAAGCGGCUCGGAGCAUCACAGCAGUCGCUCUUGGAAGGAGCUGGCCGGCUCUCUCUGCGCCGUGGCGAGCGUUAGCCCCGGCGACAACCGGCAGCGGACACAGCCUCUGUAUCACGACUACCACAGCAGCGGGGACGAGUGUGUGGAGGACACGGACGAUGGUGAUGCUGCGGAGGUGGGCUGCGCAGGUCGAGGGGGCCCGAGGUACCGCGGCUUCAGGGAGUGCAAGCCGCUCCUCAUUCACAACAACCCCGGCAACGGCGUGAGGGAAUUCCGCAAGGCUCCUUUACAGUCUCCUGUGGAUGAGCCAGUUGUUUUAAGCGAUGAGGUCAUCUUCCCCCUGACAGUGUCCCUGGAUAAGCUUCCUGUCAACACUCUCAAAGUGAAGAUCAUUGUAACUGUGUGGAAGCAAGAAGAGGAGAAAGCUGAGAUCCAAGAACAUGGCUACCUCAGCAUUUUCCAACAAAAGAGCCCCUGCCAAACAUUUCGCCAAGAUCUGAACACAUUCAAAGCACAGGUCAGCACCACACUCAAUGUCCUGCCCCCUCCGACUGUAAAGUGUCAACAAAUGACAGUCUCAGGGAGACACUUAACUGUCCUCAAAGUGGUAAAUGGGAGUUCUCAGGAGGAAGUGUGUGUGCGUGAUGUCAAAAUCCUCCCCAACUUCAAUGCUUCAUACUUACCAAUGAUGCCAGAUGGCUCAGUUCUGCUGGUGGACAACGUUUGUCAUCAGUCAGGAGAAGUGGCCAUGGCAUCAUUUUACAGAAUGGACAGUGAGUCCAGUCACCUUCCCAGCAUGCUCAGUGCUCUAGAGGAGCAGAACUUUCUCUUCCAGCUGCAGCUCAAUAACCAGCCACAAGAUGAUUCAAAUGAGGGACUAGAGGUGCCAUUAGUUGCAGUCUUACAGUGGUCCACUUCUAAAUUGCCCUUCACCAACUCUAUCUACACUCACUAUAGUCUCCCUAGUGUGAGACUGGACCGUCCGCGCUUCAUUAUGACAGCCAGCUGCCCCAGUGCUGUCAAGGCCCAUGAGCAUUUUCGAGUGCGAUAUACCCUUCUGAACAACUUGCAGGACUUCCUGGCAGUCCGCCUAGUCUGGACGCCUGAAGGUCGUGGACAGAAAGAGGAUCCUGCAGUGAAUGCAGUGGUUUGUCAUUCUCCUCUCAGUAACCUGGGUUACUGCCGAAAGGGCAGUACACUUUCGGUCAGUGUGGCUUUCCAGGUACUCCGAGCAGGUCUUUUUGAGUUGAGUCAGCACAUGAAACUAAAGCUACAGUUCACAGCAUCCGUGUCCAACCCUCCUCCUGAUGCUCGUCCUUUAUCCCGCAAGAACAGUCCGUCGAGUCCAGCGGUCAGAGAUAUUCUGGACCGACAUCAGGCCAGUCUUAGUCUGGGCCGCUCUCAGUCCUUUUCUCACCAGCAACCAUCAAAGUUUCACCUCACAAGGACAGGCAGUGUUAUGGAGCGCAGGGCUAUCACCCCUCCCGUGGGCUCUCCUGUUGGACGGCCACUGUACCUCCCUCCAGACAGGAACAUCUUGUCACUCGACAAAAUUGCCAAGCGUGAGUGCAAGGUGCUGGUACUGGAUUCACACACCUGAAUCCAAACACACACACACACACAGGGAUACGAAGUAGGGAUAUUUUUUAACUUUGGCAAAGAAUCAUUUUUCAUGAAGUAGUGUAAAUCGAAAGCGUUGUUUAAUGUCUGUCAGUUUCAUUUCAGAAUAUAUUUAUUUUGUUUUUGUUUUACCAGCAUUCAUGGUUUACGUCCUGUACAGCUAGUGUUUUUGACAUUUUCGACAGAAGGAAUGAAAAGAAAACAUAAACACAAACAGGUUUUUAUUGUUUAUCCAUAGGACAUUUCACUGGAGUCAUGAAAUGUCGUGUUACAUACACGUUAAAAAAAUAUUGUAGUGAUGGCUGUUUAAAGGAAGAAUGGAUGGUCAUAUUUAGACCCAUGCGUGCUUGAUUAUUUAAUGGUUUGGCUAAUGUUUUCAUUUUUAAAUUAAUCUAGCAUUUUGUUUGUUUACUACUAUUGGAUAGAUUUUUUGAAUGUCUUUACAUUUCAUUUGUCAAUACUGCCAACCUUUCCCUUCCUAAAUUGUAUUCCUCUUUGCAUUCCUUUUUGUAAAAGUGCUUAUUGUUUUCCUUAAUUACUUGAAAGAUGGUUUGCAAUGUCGUGACUGUGAGCAAUAAGACAGUUUCUUUCAUCCUCAGUCCUGAACUCUGGAAUCUUUUUGGUCUGGCAUUUAUUCUACCCUGCAGUGUAACUGUAUCACAGAUAUUCUUUUAGUUAUGUUUGCAUGUUGUUAAAUAAGAAUUUAUUUAAUUCAUCAAAUGAUUUCACUGCUGUAAUGUUAACAAGACUCCAGUUCAUCAAGCUGUUCAGUUUCUACAGGUUUCCCAUGUAAUCACACAAAUCAAAUCACUUCUGCUGGAGGUGGAGCUUGUGUUAUUGGCAGAUGCCAUUUUAUUUCUGCUCCUCCUGUCAUAGCUUUAGAAAUAUUCUGUCACAUUCCUGCUGCAUUGUGUGUUCUCAGAAAUGUGGGAUCAUUUUUCUUUUGCUCUAUAUUAAUGAACUCGCCCUUCUCCCGCUCAAUGUCCGGGAACAAACUCCCAGUAAGCAUCAGGACAGAUGCUGGUCAUACAGUAGUAUUGAUCUCUAUGCAUUUACACUGAACAUUGGACUUUAACAGAGAGCUUGAUAUGUACAACCCCUCAGGCUGUAGUGACACCCCAUUGUGCCAUUUAAUGGGGUUACGAUUGAUUUCUUUUAUCAAUGUUUACAUUUCUGUGCACAUGUGAGGACUACUGAUUAAUGCUUGGGACUGAAAAACCUUUCCUUUGUUGUGGAAUCUUGCACAAUGGAUUUAUAUUGUGUCUGAAUAUAGAUAUAGAUCUUGAAUGUUGAUUUUUUUUUUCAGGCUGAAUUGUUUAGACAGACUACUUGUUCUGCGGAAAUGUAACAAUGAUUCAAAACGGUUUGUGGAUGUAGGUAUAAUACGUUAAACACUGUGAUGUAUUUUAAUUUAAAAAUUUUCAAUUUAUUUCACUCGCAAUUUCCAUAUUUGCAUCUUGGCCAGUUUUCUUGUUUUGGACUAUGUUAUUAUUUUACAUUGAAAGCGUUCUCGGCACAAGUGGAUAAUUUAUUGCAAAAGAUUUGGACUAUCAUGUUUAUUUUUUUGUAAGCACUUUAUUUCAUUUUUUGUAACUUUUUUUUUUUUUUUUUUUUUGAAAAAGAAGGAAUGCUCAAAGGACUGGUUGCUGGAUUUUAUGUUUUCUCUUCAAAAACAUUUGGAUUCUGUGUUUUUUAGCCUCUUGGUAUGGCACAUCACAGAACAAUUGACAACUUUGACCACUGGAUUACUCCAAGUCUGUAGAAAUAGCUUGAGGUUAGAAGUCCUGCAAAAGGUAUCAGAGCAAAUAUAUGCUGAGUAUUGCGCUUGUAUUCUUUGCUCAGACUUUUUGUUUUGGGUUUUUUGAAUUGCCAAGACCCACCAAGAAGCUCUUCUGGUGGGAAGUCCUUGUGGAACUCAAUCAUUUAGAUGACAAGACAGUUUUGACUAUACUCUUCUAUGAACUUCUGCUUUGCACUUUUUAUUUUGUUUGUUAAUUGUUUGUUUUUAUAUGCCUUUAACUGCUGUUUGAAGUGUUAACAAAAGUGUUCAGAGUCAUUGGAAAUGUUGUUGGUUAUUGGAGUGCUGCACUUGAACAAGUUAAAUAAAAGCAGCUAGGGCCUAAAA